AUGUCCAAGGACCUGAAAAUUCUGUGCAGUGACUCCUACCUGGAGCUGAGCGAAGGUCGGUACCAGCAUUUCAGUGGUGAUAACAAAGAGCAUGAAAAAGUUCUGAAAGAAAGCUGCACUCUGUAUGUGGGGAAUCUUUCUUUUUCUACAACCAAAUAACAAAUAUUUGAGCUCUUUAGUAGAUGUGGCAAUGUCAGGAAUAUAUUUGUGGGUUUGGAUAAAAUAAAGAAAAUGGCAUGUGGUUUCUGUUUUGUAGAAUACCACAACAGAACUGAUGCUGAAAAUGCCAUGCUAUUCCUAAAUGGAACCAUCUUAGAUGACUAUAUCAUUCACAGAGAUUGGGAUCCAGGCUUUAGAGAGGGCAGACAGUAUGGUUGUGGCCAAUCUGGGGGCUAGGUAAGAGAUGAGUUUCAUGAAGACUUUGAUGCUGGUAGAGGAGACUUUGGAAAAGAAGUUGAGGCCCAUGAUAAAAGAGGAGCUCCUUAG